UAGAUGGGGAGAAGGUCGAUGAUCAUAGCCGGUAUUGUGCCGGUAGUGGGAAUGCUAUUUGUCAGGUCUGGGCUUGCUGCCAAGCUUGCCUGAGUUAAGGUAUGUGUUUAAUGCAUAUAAGUUAACUUUUUUACGAAAAAAUGAAUGUUAAAAAAAUAGGCUUAGUUACUACAGUAACCUACCUAGACUUUUGUUGUGUCUACGAUCUUAAUUUGUUACAAACACACACUGGUCUUGCUUUCCUCUAUUAGUAAAGCCGGAUGGCGAGAAGGUCGAUGAUCAUAGACGGUGUUGUGCUGGUACUAAAUACCCACUUCUUUAUACCAGGUUGAAGGAAUUGUGAAGAAUUUGACAAUGACUGGAGAUCAUGAUAAGAUUACUGCUGUGAUUAAUUUGUUGACUCACGAAUAUACUUACUCGCCUCAAGCGAAUCUGCGCAAGGGAUGGUUGACUGGCUUAGAUGCAACUACUGUUGGUUUGAGUUUUGAAGCUCACAACAUCUCAAGUACACACCGACUAUAGAUAUGUGGAGUAUUGGUUGUAUUGUUGCGGAACUUUCAACCGGAAAGCCACUUUUUCCGGGGAAAAAUGUGGUGCAUUAGUUGGACCUCAUGACCGAUCUUUUGGGGACCCCAUUACCUGAAGCGAUAGCCAGGAUAAGAAAUGAGAACGACCGGAGAUACUUAAGCAGCAUGAGGAAGAAAAAACCGAUCCCUUUUUCACAGAAGUUUCCGAAUGCAGUUCCUCUUGCUCUUCGUUUACUAGAAAGAAUGCUUGAUUUUGAGCCUAAAGAUCGUCCUACUGCUGAGGAGGCACUUUCGGAUCCGUAUUUCAAGAAUUUGGCUAAGGUUGAGAGGGAACCUUCUGCUCAACCGGUCCGGUGGAUAAUUCAAAUAAGCUCCCAAAGUGGAAUUAUGUGGGUCUAG